CAUGAAUUAUUAGAAAAUAUACAUGUUUUUAAAACAUAUUCCGAAGAAAAAAAAAUGAAUGACUUUUUUUUGCUUUGAAAAACGAGCAGAUUAACUUCUGAAAAAUCGCUAAUUCACGCCCACUUCGAUUUUCAUACCGCGCUUGUAAAGGACUGGGUACUAAAUGAAUUCGUGACGUCGACGCGGUAUCACACUGCUGCUGGCGCGUUGUUGUGCAUACAUGUUCUUGUUUAUAGUGCGAGUUAUACAAAGCUUUAAAAAAUGCCAAAUAGAUGUGUUGCUGGCGGCUGUUCCAACUUUGCUAAUGUGGAGAAAGGGAUCGUACUCCAUGGCAUCCCUUUCUCAAACGAUGAAAGGCCAGAGGCCAAGAAAAGAAGACGAAAAUGGGUCGAUUUCGUGAAGCAGAAGAGAGCUCAAUGGGAACCCACCAGAAAUUCGGCUUUGUGCUCUCUCCACUUCAAACCAGAGGAUUUUCAAAGACUUUUCACUAUACCAGAUGCCCUGACAAAUCGCCCAAUCAUUCCUCGACUGAUAAGGGAUGAUAUUGGUGUUUCGGUCUUUCCUAGCGUUCAUGCRAAGUCCUUGACUUUGACAAGUGAGGUUACGGAGGCUCAGGCGAGCCGAAAUCGAAGAAUGUCCCUGAAAAACGCAAAAACGCGAAUGGCAUCACUCGAAGAGGAACGUCAGGAUGGAGAUACAUGUAAUAACGAGGUGGAACGCCUGGAUGAUGCGGACACAAACAUCUUAGCCGAAGCUGAAGACGAAAGUGGAACAGAUGAGCAUCAUUUAUUAAAUACGCGAGAUAGUUUUACUCAAACUGUGGAAGAGGCAAAUGAUGAUGAAUGCCAAAGUUGCGCCAAGCUUCAAAGUUGAAACCGGCAGCUCAGAAACCAGCUCAUAACGGUGAGGUCUAAACUCAACAAGUGUAGAACGGAGAAUAAAUCAACCAAAAGAGCUAUGAAUAGCAGUCAUGAAACAGAAACAGCACCUCCCAUUCCUCUAGAAAAUGAUGUCAAUGAUGCUGGUGAUGAUGAUUACGAUGAUGAUUCUGAUGACACCAUGGAAGAAGAGCCAGAGUUAUCAGAAAUUGAUGAUAUGGAUAUGGAUAUGGAGUCUGAAACAGAUACAGAAACUGAAGAUGAACAUGAYCAGGAAGAAGGGAGCAGGUAACCUUACAUUUGAGAUGGUAAACUAAUAGUUGAAACUGAAAAUAUUAAUUCAUAUUUAUUCAAUUAUCAUUUUCUUUCUAUUUUUUUCUACAGAGUAUAUGUCAGAGAUGACAACCUUAGAACACAACCCAAAUCUUACUAUGUAUUCACUAAUUUGAGAAAGU